AUGUCGCGGCGGGCCUCGGUGGCUGGUCUGACGUCAGGGUCAAAAGCUCACCGCUCUUCAAAAACAACUCACAAGCUUGUAGAACUCCCAUCUGCCCCCCAGACACGCCCUCUUCUUGUCGAUGUAGACGACGAUCUCACUCUUGGGCACGAAACGGACGGAGGAGUGCGGGAGUACAAGAGUCAGGCCGAGCGAAUGACCAAGGACCAACGGAAGCAAGCAGGCUACAAGAGGAUUGCGGCCUACUGCGUCGCCGAGUCUUUCAAGAUGAAGCUAUUGUCGUCUUUUCUCAAGAGGGAACACAACGUCUCCCCUCGAGCAUUUGAUGAGGCGUUGUAUGUGAUGUACCAUCUUCCUAUACUACCAGGCUACGGUCCCAACGCCAACAUGCGAUCGUCGAUGCCAUCCAAACCCACGACUGGGAAGUCAUUCCUAGCUCGCCUGUCCGAAGCCGAGGAGAAUGGCUACCAAGGAACUUAUUUCACCCACCCUACCGCCCGCUCGCCGACCUCUCUUCGUGAAGGGUACAUCUCCGCCGGCUCGCCUGUUGAGACGCGGAAAAAGAGAAGAUCCCACGACGACGAACCCCCUACGCCGACCCCAGGAGACACUGACCUUGAGCCUGACCUGGGUUUCAUGACAGAACCAGAACUAGAAACGCCUUCUGCCCGAGCCACCUCAUAUUCUCAUCAGGAUAUAGUUGACAUUGACCCAGGUGCCGAGACCGAUCCUGGGACCUAUAGACGAUGGAACCCGACGGAAGAUGCCCCACGCGUGCCCGAGGCGGGGAUUGCCUCCUCGCGAGAUGACGACGUCGCAGAGGUGGUCUUCUUCGAGUAUGGUGUUGUCGUAUUCUUUGGUCUGGAAGAGCGGCAAGAGCGAGAUAUCAUUGAGGACAUCGAUGGCGCCGGUGUAAUAAAGCGGAAAAUAGAGGAAAAGGAGUGGGAGGUUGAGGAAUGUCAUUAUACGCAUGAUCCACACAUUGCGUACCCGCGCAUAUACAAUGAUUUCUUCACACUCAAAUCUCGCUCCCAUCUCCUUAAGCUCUCCAUCGCACACGCCCUUGCUCAGUCCACCCUCCUCGCGCGUUACGAAGCCAAUGCACAAAGUGUUCUUUCAUCACCUCUCACCCUCUCAAUACCCAGACAGCUCGCUGAAUCGGGGGCAUUACACCUCCGCAGGCACGACGCGCUCAAACUGACUGGGCGUUUGUUCAAGCUCCGGCGAGACGUCAACCUCGUAUCGAACGUCCUCGACGUUCCGGAGCUCUUCUGGAGCGAAGCGAGCCUGAAGGACCUAUACGACGCUGUCAGAGAGUACAUGGAGAUCAAGCCACGCGUGCAGGUCUUGAACGAGAAACUCGGCGUUGUCAGUGAUUUCUUGGAUGCCAUCCACGAUCACUUGAACAGUAAUGCAAUGGAGCGAAUAACAUGGAUUAUUAUCUGGCUCAUCGUCGUUGCAUGUCUGGUCGAAUUGGGCGAGGUCAUUGCGCGUCUCAUUUUCCAUUCAGCCUCAGGAGGCGAGCGGGUGAAGGCAGCCGUCUCUGCAACUCCCCAGAUAUCAAGAGAAGACGCUCUACGGACGCUAGAGCGUAUGAUGGUGGUACAGUCCUAA